AUGUAUCGAACGAAAGGCCCUCCCCGCAUCGCAUCGGAGAAGAUGGAGGCCCACGAUAUCACCGAGGAGUUCACCAAAGCUGCAUCAGCCUUGGAGACCGGUCAGCUCGUGAAAGAUGAAUUCUUUACCUUGUUUGAGGCCGUGGGGGCUUUGGAGGUGCGACACAGCUUUAUAUUCUCAUUUCUUAUCGAGUCCCCCUUGCUUUUACGACUCAAUUACGUUACUUCGUGCUAUAAGAACGAUGAUCGCUGA